CGCAGCGGCCAGAGGACGCCGAGCUGCGAGGAUUACGCGGGGAAGUGGUGGUCUCCCUGGCUGGAGCAGCGGAGAGGGGCGCUCGCGGCGGAGGACCGGAGUGCGAGAAGACAGAUUCGGGCGGCUGGGUCUGUGGCCCGCGAGCAGCGCGGGGACCGGGCAAGCAGGCCGCGUCGCGCUCACCAUGGUCAGCUGCUGGGACACCGGGGUCCUGCUGUGCGCGCUGCUUGGCGGUCUGCUGCUUACAGGAUCUAGUUCAGGUUCAAAAUUAAAAGGUCCUGAACUGAGUUUAAAAGGCACCCAGCACGUCAUGCAAGCAGGCCAGACACUGUAUCUCAAAUGUAGAGGGGAAGCAGCCCAUUCAUGGUCUUUGCCUGAAACAGUGAGAAAGGAAAGCAAAAGGCUGAGCAUAACUAAAUCUGCCUGUGGAAGGAAUGGCAAACAGUUCUGCAGUACUUUGACCUUGAACGCGGCUCAGGCAAACCACACUGGCUUCUAUAGCUGCAAAUAUCUAUCUAUACCUGCUUCAAAGAAGAAGAAAACAGAAUCUACAAUCUAUAUAUUUAUUAAUGAAAAGUUGGCGAAAUUCGAUACUGUGCUCAAGGUUGCAUACUCUGCAACAUUUCAUACUUUGUCCUCUGAUCAAUCUGAAAAUUUCUGUGUGGAGGAGACAAAGAAGAGAGCGUCUAUAAGGCAACGUAUUGGCCAACACACUUCCAUUGCCAUUGUGUUCUACAGCGUUCUUGUUAUUGACAAAGUACAGAACAAAGACAAAGGACUUUAUACUUGCCAUGUGAAGAGUGGCCCGUCAUUCAAAUCUGUUAACACCUCAGUGCAUGUAUAUGAUAAAGCAUUCAUCACUGUGAAGCAUCGAAAACAGCACGUGCUAGAGACCACAGCUGGCAAGAGGGCCUACAGGUUAUCUGUGAAAGUGAAGGCAUUUCCCUCGCCAGAGGUUCUAUGGUUAAAAGAUGGGUUCCCUGUGACUGAGAAAUCUCCUCGCUAUUUGGUUCAUGGCUACUCGUUAAUUAUCAAAGAUGUUGCUGCAGAAGAUGCAGGGGAUUACACGAUCUUGCUGGCCAUCAAGCAGUCCAGUGUGUUUAAAAACCUCACCACCAUUUUGAUUGUAAAUGUGAAACCCCAGAUCUAUGAAAAGGCCGUGUCAUCCUUUCCAGACCCAACUCUCUACCCCCUGGGCAGCAGACAGACCCUGACUUGUACCAUUUAUGGUUUACCUCAGCCUACGGUCACGUGGUUCUGGCGUGCCUGUAACCAUAGUCAUUCCAAAGCAAGUGAAGUUCUUUAUUCUUAUUUUAUAGACGUGCCAAAUGGAUUUCAUGUUAACUUGGAAAAAAUGCCUACGGAAGGAGAGGACCUGAAACUGUCUUGCACGGUUAACAAGUUCUUAUACAGAGACAUUACUUGGAUUUUGCUGCGGACAGUUAAAAACCGAACAAUGCACCACAGCAUCAGCAAGCAAAAAAUGGCCAUCACUAAAGAGUACUCCGUCACUCUCAAUGUCACCAUCAAGAACGUUUCCCUGGAAGAUUCAGGCACGUAUGCCUGCAGAGCCAGGAACAUAUACACAGGGGAAGAAAUCCUUCAGAAGAAAGAAGUUACAAUUAGAGAUCAGGAAGCACCACACCUGCUGCGAAACCUCAGCGACCACACAGUGGCCAUCAGCAGCUCCACCACGUUGGACUGUCAUGCUACUGGCGUCCCAGAGCCUCAGAUAACCUGGUUUAAAAACCACCACAAAAUCCAACAAGAACCCGGAAGCCCUUCAGUGGGACACAGCCAUUCUAGAGAAGAAAUGCAGUUUCAAGAAAGCAUUAUGAAAGCUGAGUAG